AUUUCAUCUUCACCGACUGCCCUCCAAUCACCGCAGCUCAAUCCACUCUCCUCUCUUCGGACUGCAAAAUAAAAAAAACAAAACAUAUUCUUUUCAUUCAUUUGAAGCUAAAGAGAGAUUGUUUUGUUUAGCGAUCGGAAGUGAGAAAUUAUCUGUUUUAGCAGAGGGUCACUGCUCUCCUAAUGCCGGGAGGUCUUAAUCUGAUCAAGAAAAAGCUCUUAAAAGUGAGAACCACAUUGUCAUAUUCUGUCACUCGUCGCUGCCGAAGACACAAACGUUUGCUCAUUGCUUCAUACUUAAGGCAACAAGCGAAGUCAGCAAUUUCCAUCCUGUCAUUUUACGGUGACAUCCUUUGAGGGUCUGCCACCUGUAACGAUGACUACGCCAGUGAAGGUCUAUUAUAGCCAGACGACGCAGACGGACAUCCGACCCCUGAUUGGAACAAGCCUAAGAAGGAGGCGUGUGAUGACUAAAGAUGGUCGGAGCAAUGUGCGUAUAGAUCAUAUCGCCGAUAAGAGCUUUCUCUACCUCAAAGACCUGUGGACAACUUUUAUUGACAUGCAGUGGCGUUAUAAGUUGCUCCUAUUUUCGGCAACAUUUGCAGGAACCUGGUUUGUUUUUGGUGUAAUUUGGUACUUGGUGGCUCUAAUACAUGGAGAUCUCCUGGAAUUCAAUGCUCCUGCAAAUCACACACCAUGUGUCAUGCAAGUCCACACAUUAACCGGUGCAUUUCUUUUCUCUCUGGAGUCUCAAACCACCAUAGGUUAUGGUUUUCGCUACAUUAGCGAAGAAUGUCCUCUUGCAAUAAUUCUGCUUAUUACUCAGCUGGUCCUCACCACCAUUAUGGAAAUAUUCAUCACUGGAACAUUUCUGGCAAAAAUUGCUCGUCCCAAGAAAAGAGGGAUGACCAUUAAAUUCAGUCAGAGUGCUGUGGUAGCUCAGCAUGAUGGCAAGUUAUGUCUCAUGAUUCGGGUGGCAAACAUGAGGAAAAGUCUAAUGAUUGGUUGUCAAGUAUCGGGAAAGCUCCUCAAGACACACCUAACUAAGGAAGGUGAAAAUGUACAUCUGAAUCAAAUCAAUGUAAGCUUUAAUGUUGACACAUCCUCUGAUAGCCCUUUUCUAAUACUACCACUCACUUACUAUCAUGUGAUCGAUGAUGCUAGCCCACUGAAAGAUGUAGCCCUUCGUUCUGGAGAAGGGGACUUUGAGCUGGUAGUCAUUCUCAGCGGAACAGUGGAAUCCACAAGUGCCACCUGUCAGGUGCGCACUUCAUAUCUCCCAGAAGAGAUCCUUUGGGGUUAUGAGUUCAGCCCAGUACUUUCUCUCUCUUCUAGUGGGAAGUAUGUGGCUGAUUUCAGCCUAUUUGACCAGGUUCUCAAGGUGUCACCACCAUGCUGCUUUCAUGAAACUGUUCUAUAUGGGGAUCAAGAAAAACUUAAACUGGAAGAGUCACUCAAAGAGAAGACGGAGAAGGAUGGAAGUCCCUUGAGUGUUAGGAUUAGCAACGUUUGAUACAGGGAAUGACUGGACAUGGAAAUGAAGCAUCGAAACUCUACUGUAGAUACUUGGCCAUUCUUGCCAGGCUUCCAAUGCACUGCCUUAUGUUCUAAAAACACAUAUAGAAAACUCUUAGCAAACCCACCAUAUGAAUGUUUCUGAAACACUUCACUUGUACUGUAGUGAAAUUAAAAAAAGGGCAUUUAUAUCUAGAGAGGAACAGUUGUAAGUAGUGUAGAUAUAAUACAUUAUUUAAAAUAUAGCAAGGCAAAUGGACCCUAUGGAUUAGUGGAUUCUCCAUUGUUAGCAGGCACCAUAUAUUUUUAUAAUCUACAUUUUACCACAUUUACUGCGUAGAGUGAAAUAGCAAUCCGCAAUCUCUGAGCUAUACGUUUUGAUAUUAAAACAAAGAAACAAACACCAUAACCAGUGCAUAUAAUAUGUUUAAGAGAACCUCUAUGGCUAAUGGUGGUUGACUAUGGCUCCAGGAGGGUACCUCAUGAAUAAAGAUAUAAAACAUUAAUACCGUUAAAAGUGAAAAAAGGAGUGAAAAUAAAAUAUGAAAGAGGUGUUGACUUUCUUUGGUCAGUGUCACAUCAAUGGGAAUUGAUGGUCAUUUUAGCAGAACGCCCAACAAUUGCAAACUGUAGGUGUCCUAGAUGCACCAGUAUGAAGACGUGAAAUUUAUCCUGCAGUAGUUACAAAUCACUCAGUUGUGCAUCAGCCAGGUAAGUUCCCAUAAAAACAUUUCACUAGAUAUUUCAUCCCGAUUCCUGUAUUUGGAAGGACACCCUUAUCCGACCUUGCAGGAUCACAGUCACACAGCAGGAACUGAAAUUACCUUAUGCUUGUUGCAGAUGUUUGUACCAUUUUGCACAAUGAAUGGCUACAGGAAAAAGAACAUAAACUGAAAGGAAAACGGAAAAGACAUUUUCAUGAAACUCCCUUUGAAAUAUGUUAUUCAGAAAAAUUGAGGAGUUUAGAAAUCAAAGGAUAACAUGCAUAUUUUCUUAAAUCUAUUUAUACUAAUGCAGCACAUUAAAUAUGAAUGUAAACAAUACUCUAACUCUAAUUCAAUACUCGAAGUCUCUUCUUACAUAAACUGAACUAUUUCAAAAGUAAAGGGAACUGUAUACGAUGUCAUACCAGCUCCCAGACAAUGCUAUUGAGAAUAUAUUUCAGAGCACAACAUGGAAAUCUGAAAAUCUGUCAACCAAUACACAAACACACCUACAAAAUCUAUUGUUGGAUAUCAAAAGACCUGUUUGGUGCUGUCGUCUUGCACCACAUAUCCAGGAUAAACUCUUGUAGGCUAAACAAAAUAUAUUAGGCAAAUUAUGAAAAUGUCUUUGUGUCAUUUUUUUCUUCUUGCGAUGUAUGUAAAUAACAAACAAUUACAACUGGAAUCAGUUUACCUUUGGCAUACAUUAAGGCCAGCAGAGAUUAGUGAAAGAGGAAGAAACAUCAUGACAGAUGAAAUGCCCUAUUGUCCACGUCCAUGUAAUCAGAACAUCUGUUUUUUAUGGAAAAGAAAGAAAAAGGAGAAGUAUCAAUGCGUGACAAUACUAUGAAACCUGGCAAAUUUCACAUAUAGGAAACAAUUGGAAACAAACUUUAAGUGAAAGGAACAAUCUGUGCAUUGUUAUGGUGCUUGGAGUUAAACUUGACUAUAAUGACCUUGCUGGCCCUUCUGUCUUCUUCUCUGGCCCGGCUUCAAUGAGGAAGUCUUUCACUGGGAGCAGCUGAUAGGAUUAGAGAGUCUAAUGUAUUUUUUCUCAAUGGGAGCCCAGUGACAGACUUAAAAUGUCAACUGAUGUAUUUAGCACACCACUGUCACCUAAUGAAAGGCUUUCUUAUUCAGUCAGAUCAGGAGGACUUGUGCAACCAGGACUACUUUGGAGUUAAAACAUUUUUAAACAGUUUAAUCCGUUAAGACAAGACUGCCCUGGACACCCAGGCACCAUAUCAACUUCAUUGAGACAAUGUUAUGGUACCUGGAGUGCCCCUUUUAACAGUGUGUCCUUACUUGGAUUAUAAGGUAGACUAUUAUGUAUGUUCCAUGGUUUCAUCAAUUGAUCAAUUCAUCAAGUGGUUUAUGGUAGUUUACUGUCAAGGCACCAGCUUGAUGAUGAGUGCAAUCAGUUGGAUGAUGGAUAGAUAGAUAGAUAGAUGGAUAGAUAGAUAGAUAAAAAGAUAGACGAUAGGUAGAUAGAUAGUGAGAAGGAGAAGACUACAAUAUGAGAGAGGGACAGAAGAGGACUCCUAUAGAUCUGUCUGGCCAGUAUGGUACGUAGUGGUGUUCAGCAAUGGUGGAUUAUUUGUUUGACUAAAAGGGAGUAAAUUGGAUCUGAAAAGGCCAAAUAAAAUAAGCAAUGGUUGUUAGAGGGAUGUGGUUGGUGAACUUCUAAAUGGUUUUGAGUGCAAAAAUUAAAAUAACUUGGUCCCUAAUGCUGAUAUGGAACCGAUGUGAAUGUAGCACUAAUACAAAGAGACAUUGAAACGUAGGGAUAUGGCAGCAGAAUGUGUUAUGGCAAAAGGCAGAUAACCGUAGAGCGGAGAUGGUUAAAGUCAUCAUGGGAAAUGUAAAACUGACUUUUAGAUUAUUCUUACAGCCUCUCUAAUAUUUAGAGUCAUUAGGCAUGAGUCAUGUACAGACGUUGGUGGUUUAUAUUAACAGUGUGUAUAAGUAGAGUGUACAGGCCUUUCCAAGUCUCCUGUAACUUUUCUCAAGAAUGAAAUCAAGGCAAGGGAGAAUUAUUAACGGGCAAUGUAGACCCUUGACCACACAAGCAGGCCUAAGGUAUGAAUAAUGCACAGGUAAGAUUGGAGGGAUAUUAUAGUUAUUAUUUAUAAGGCGUUAACAAAUUCAGCAGCACUGUACAAUAGGUGGACUAACAAAACGAGUAGUUCCAACAAGACUUGUUAGACAGGAACAAAAGCUGCUUAAUGAUCUUUACUGAAAUUACAUCUAAUGGAAAAGUAAGUUGGUAGAAGCAUUUACAAUGAAGGCUUAGAUUAUUAGAUUGACGCAGUCACAGGAAAGACGAAGGUUUAGUGAACUGUGAGGAGAGAAAGCUGUUAAGAGUUUAAUUGAUAUGACUUCUUGAAACAAUUAAGUUUUCAGUGAUUUUCUUUUGGAGUAGGAGUUCCAAGGAUAGGAGUUCCAAGGGGAGUGGUGUAGUCCUAGAAAAGUUGUUAAGGAUUGACGUACGAGUAUAAAAAACGGAUAGACGCAGGUCAUUGCAGAGGGUUGGGGCCUGGAAAGGACAUACCGGUACUUGUAUAUUAGCGAGAAUAGGUACUAGACAGCAGCAGUGUUAUGAAACAGAUUUGUAUGUCAGCAUCAGAAUUUUAACUUGAGCCCUUUGGGAAGCCAAUUUAACGACUGGGGGGGAGACAUGGGAGGUACGGGAGGACAGGAAGAGGAGCCUUGCUGCAGCAUUCAUCAUAGACUGUGGUGGGGCAAGCUGAGAGCAUGUAAGACAAGUGAGACGUGAAUUGCAGUCGUCAACGCAGGAGACGAUGGUGACAUGGAUGAGCACCUUAUGCAUAUCUGGUGUUAGGUAGGGGAUAAGGACGUGGGCUAUGUUUUUGAGACUGGCAUUGAAUGCAUGUGAGGGGUGAAGGAGAGAUUGGAAUCAAAGAGAACACCAAGGCAGCAAUCCUCCGAGGUAGACCUGAUGGUAAUACCGUUGAACCGGAGGGAAGCGGACACUGGAAUAGCUGUGUUUAAAGGCGGAAAAUAGAUAGUAUACAUGUUUUCAUAAAUGCUGGCUGUGCCAUAAACAAAUACACUUUCCUCAGAGCAUUACAUUACUUUUUCAGCCAUAUGAAUACAAGAAAUGACUGUACCCCAUUCAUUUUCAGUGUGUGCCUUGCACGGAGAUGUUGGUACAGAAUGUUCCAUUUACAGUAGAACUGUUGAACAAGCAUUGUGCCUCACUGUAAUUAGGAAAUAAAUGAGAGCGCCAAGAGGUGUACCAAACAUAACAAAAGAGUCAUAGAAUAGAGGGGAUAAUCAUCUGGAUUUAGUGAAUAAAUGGCAGUAUCCCUCGGUAUGAUUUUUAUGUUGUGAAAUAAAAUGAGUGUAGAAUUGUGUA